AUGGCCUCUCCCCCGUCCCCGGCAUCGUCCACCACCAGCGCGAACUCCCAGAGGUCCCUUCACCCAAACAGACCGCAGACGCUCGAGGACCUCGUGACCCACUUUGUAGCUUCGAAGCGCUCCCUGCAGACGCAGACAAUACUAUGGCGCGCCAACGACAUCGUGACGUCGGCGCGCGAGCUGCUGGAAGAGAACGCCGUUCUCGCCGCCAAAAACACGUCCAUCAGGAACAUGGUUGAGGAGCAGGUGGACGCGCUGGAGGCUGUGCGUCGCGGCAUAGACGUCGUCGAGGGCGACGUGCAGGCUGAAUUCAAGCAACUGCUACAUGACCUAGAUACCUCGUUUGCUGGCUUGAAGUCGACCCUCGCCGUGUUGCGCGAGACGCCGAUAGAGUCUGCUCUUCAGCCCUCCGGCACGCCGCAGAAACACCUCUACGAUUUCAUCGACAACACGACCGUGUCCGCUCUCGAGGACUCGCUCAGAGCUUGCAUAGACAGAUACAAUGAUGUUCACUCGACGCUUGAGGAGAGCACCGACGCUUUCGAUACCUCGCUCGAGAACCUCCAGUCCUCCAUCAUCAACGUCCCGAAGACGCCCGUCACAAACUCCAUCCCGAGCCCCAUUCCCAGCUUGUACCAUGAUCUUGAAGGACACGCGAGAGAGGCUGCACAAGCUUUCCAAUCUCUUGUCAAACACUACGAUUUAUGUGUGACGGCUCUUCGACACACCGAAGGCGGCGCUGCUGCUGUGACGCAGGCUACCGGUGAUGCCUCGUUGCCAUCCGCCGAUGAUCACGGUCCUCCUCCUGAGCCGAUUUCGGAAGAAGAGCGCCAGGAGAUGCUGAGUGUACUGGAAAGAGACGCCCAAGAAGUUGAAGAUGUCGUAACCGAGAUUCGCGAACACGGUUCCGAGAUGUCGUACCUGCUAUCUCAAAUCGACAAUCACAUCACUCAUCUUCGCAAUGAGGAUUCGGCCUUGGGCAGUGUCCUCAAGAUGAUAGCGAACAUUGCAAGGGAGGUCAAGGGUCACAUUGCCACCUCCAGAGCCUUCCACACCUCGUGGCUGGAUGACACACGACCUACACUGCUGAACGGAAUCGAGGAGUGGGAAAACCAGCGCGACUUCUAUGAGCGAUUUGAUCUGGCAUAUGCCGAGCUACUGGUGGAGAUAGCAUCACGCAGGCGGAGACAUGACAAAGCGAAGCGGAAGGCUGAAGAAGCGCAAAAGGAGCUGGACAGGCUGCACGCCGAGGACGAGCGCGCGCGCGAGCAGUUUACUCUCGCUCAAGGAGACUUCCUACCACUAGACAUCUGGCCUGGUCUGCGAGAUCCCCCCAGACGCUACGAGGUGCGAGCUGUUGCGGUUCCGCAUGAGCAGGACAUGGAAGAGGGCGAAGAGGCCAACGACGCUGAUCUCGUGGCCAAGAGCAUUCCACAGCUAGGCCGUAACGUCGUGGAGCGUGCACUGGUCAGGGUCAAGAGAAGGAUGUGA